UUUUUCUUGUCGAUACACCCAUGAAAACAAUGUGCUGAUCAUGGAGAUAGCGAUGCUCCGUAUAGAGGGGCACGACGGGCUAGAACUGCCUGUGACCCAGACCCACUGAUUCGCGUCCCCUGAGAAUGCGGGGGACGGCUGGACAGGGGUUGGUUCAAAAAAGCCACAUUUCGACGCCACAGAUGACGUAUCCAACUCUCGUUCCACCAUCCCACUUUCGCGCUCUCUUCCGUUGGGGGACUGAAGAUAGACUUGUCCUAGUGGUAGCAACCAACUCUUGGGAAAGCCUGGCCAGACACGAGUCUCCGAGACAAAAAUCCAAACCUAGAUUGCCUUUGUUCAUCUGCUUGCUCUCUUGUACCCAUCGGCACCGUUAGACAUCUGACCCCCCCGCAUCUUAUCAAAAUGGCAGCAAAAGCCGGCCGGCCUCCCAACUACUAUGCCAUCCUCGAGGUCCCAGAAACCGCCUCCACCACCCAGAUCCGCGAUGCCUAUAAACGCGCUGCCUUAAAAACCCACCCCGACCGCAUCCCGGCCGACCACCCUGACCGUCACGAACGAACCCGCAAAUUCCAGCUCGUCAACGACGCAUACUACACCCUCUCCGAUCCCACCCGCCGCCGCGAAUACGACGCCCAGCGCAAACUCUUCUCCGGCCCCAGCUCCUCCCGCCCCACGCCCGGCGGCUUCGACCCCUUCGCCGACGCCGAAGAGUCCGCUUCCGACCAGCAACAGCAAGGACAGCAGCCCAACUUCUACUCCUGGGCCUGGAACUUCUUCACCAACCAAAGCCAGGGCGCCAAAAACCAGCACAACCAGGAAGAAUCCCGCCAGCAAGCUGAGAAUGAGCAGUUCGCCGAUGUCUUCGAAGAGAUGCUCCGGGAGGAGGGCAUGGCCGACCCGUCGCACAACAACAGGCCGACGGGCAAGUUUUGGGGCACGCUGGGCGGUAUCAGUGGUGGCGCGCUAGGGUUUAUUAUGGCCAAUGUACCUGGUAUGGUUGCUGGUGCUGUGGCUGGCAACAGGCUCGGCGCGGUGAGGGAUGCCAAGGGGAAGAGUGUGUAUGCGGUCUUUCAGGAACUGCCACAGGCGGAUCGGGCAAGGCUUCUUAGUCAGUUAGCCGCGAAGGUGUUGAGCCAUACGGUGGGGAUUUGAUCUUUGAUGUGCUGGCUGAUGAGAGGUGUGGUCGGGGUUCGGAAAGGUUAUGAAUUUGGGAUUGGGCGUGGAGUUUGGGAUUGUUUGGGAGAAAUUCGCCCAUGGAAACAGCACGGGCUGAAAUGGGUGGUUAAUAUACCAUGAAGGAUUGGUUUUCUGUAUCGUCGAUGCAAUAGA